AUGAGCCCAAUUUGGUGUUUAAGAUCACGGGCGGCGGUACCUCACUUAAGAAGCUUAACCUCCCAACCCCAAUUCAUAGCCUUUCGACACUCUUCGGUACCAAGAACCUACGCCACAACAAAUAUUCCAGAAAACCUAUAUGAUGUAGUGAUUGUUGGAGGUGGCCCAGCUGGAUUAUCUCUCGCCACAUCACUGAGAUCCUCGAGUGUCACCUCACGCUUGAGGGUGGCACUGAUUGAGGGGUUGGAUUUGGAUGCCGGAAGGAAAUGGAAGCCUUCUAGCGAGAAUUAUUCCAACCGAGUCAGUUCAUUGACACCGUGUUCUGUCGGGUUUCUGACUGAUAUUGGGGUGUGGAAACAUGUCCAAAGGAAUAGAGUACAGGAUUAUCACGGAAUGCAAGUAUGGGAUGGUGUUUCUGGUUCUCGGAUCGUGUUUGACUGGGGCGCCGAAAAUUCAUCUACAAUUGCCUACAUGACCGAGAACGUUAACCUUGUUCAUGGCCUUUUGUCUCGGCUUGGGGAGCUCGGCGGGGCUCAGCUUAUCGACAAGACUCGGGUAGAGGGGAUAUACUUCGGGGGGGAUCACGGCACUCUUGAUUUGAGGACCUGGCCCAUUGUCCAAAUCACUGGAGGAAGGGAGCUGGCCGCCAGACUGUUGGUGGGAGCCGACGGUGCGAAUUCACCCGUAAGAGCAUUCGCUGGGAUUGAGAGUCGUGGCUGGGAUUAUGGGAGACAUGGAGUCGUAGCUACGGUGAAAAUUGAAGAUAUGCCCGAUGUCGAGAGAACUGCUUACCAGAGGUUCUUGCCGACCGGGCCUGUAGCAUUACUACCACUUCCGGGGAAUUUUGCAACAUUAGUAUGGUCCACUACUCCUGAAAUAGCAGCACGACUCAAAAAACUAUCACCAGUAGAUUUCGUCGCUAUGGUUAACAGUGCCUUUCGACUGAGUCAUGUUGAUAUCGCAUACAUGGCCAAAAUGGACGGAGGCAUUUUAGAGGAGUACCAGUGGAGGCAGUCUGUAACACCCUCGGACAAAGCGGAGGUUCCAAGCAAAAUUUUGGAGGUGCAAGAAAACUCGAUUGCUUCAUUCCCGCUUAAGAUGAGACAUGUAGAUUCUUACAUUUCGGAGAGAGUGGCAUUAGUAGGGGAUGCUGCUCAUACGAUCCACCCGCUCGCAGGGCAAGGACUAAAUCAGGGCAUUGGGGAUGCUCAGUUUCUAAUUAAGGCUCUAGAGACUGCGGUGCAGAACGGGCAAGACAUCGGUUCCACACUAUCCCUCGAGCCAUACUGCUCAGACCAGUACUUCAAAAACAACCUGAUGAUUGGGAUAGUUGAUAAGCUCCACAAGUUGUACGGGACCGCAUUCCCACCUGUCGUCGCUGUUCGCUCGUUAGGCUUGAGGGCAGUUAAUGCCAUGGAGAGGUUAAAAUCCAUGAUCAUGAAACAGGCAGCUGGGGAGAGAUAG